AAGGUUCUUCAGUUUAAAGCGGAGUGUAGCGAGGUGAACAUAUACAGUCCCUGCACUAGCGCUCCUUAUACCACAACCUGCAGAUAGCAGAUAUUCUUGGAACUUAGAGAUAAAUAGGUUCAAUCCAUCCAUAUCUUCAUAGUUAAUCAAGAUCUCCAGAGUUUAUGAUCGGACCAGAGUUGUUUAAUUAGUGAGAUGGGUGUUAUACCAAUUAUCGUAGAAUCAAGAAGACAUCAACAAUUUAGAAAUGGAAGGGCUAUACCCGCCGGAGAUAAAGGUCGGCGAGGUUCCAAUGGUCGAAUCAGUGCUAAUUCAGUUCGACGAGGAUCAAACGGACGAAUCGGGCCAGGCAUUGAAUUCGUCAGACGUGGUUCAAACAGCCGAAUAAGUUUUGAAAACACACGCCGAGGUUCUUGUGGACGAUCCGCCGAUAUGAACCGACGGGGUUCCGCCGGCGGUGUAAAGCUUGAUAUAAGACGGGGAUCUGUCGGAAGAACAGAAACUGAUUCAAGUUCUUUUCAAGAUAAUCUUCAAAUUAGGCGUGGAAGCGGGGCAGGUAUCCUCAAACAACUGCCUCGAAGAGGUUCAAGACAAAACCUGAAGUCCUUGACAAUCAACAUCUUCGUGGAAGGGGGAGAGGAGAAGAAGGACAGAGAGAAGAAGAGACUAGAGGACAAGGAUGAGGACAAGAAGGAGAAUAAGGAGGACAAGGAGAAGAUAGAGAAAGAUGGUGAAGAAAGGAAAGAAAGAAAAUACAUAAAAGGACGAAGUGAUGAAGAUAAAGAGAAUAAAAGCCAGGACGGACUGUGGAAGGUUUUGGAUCGAGAACUGGUGAAGGUUCGUGGAGGAGGAGAGGUUCAGGUUAAUCCUGUCUCCGGGGGUAUACUACAACAAAGGAGAGGGGACCUGAACCCCACUCCAGGUUCUGCAGGAACCAGGAGAACCCAAACACUCUCAGUCCUACCCAGAGAAAAGGUAUUAAAGAAGGAUUUAUCGAAUUGUUCUCAGGAGUUGAAGAAUAAAUCUCAGGAGAAAAAUAUAAAAUGUGAAAACACAUUUUCAAAGUUUGCAAAGGACGCUGUAAACAGCCAUAACAAGUAUAGAACUAAACAUGGGGUCAAACCUCUUGAACUUGACCUUGACCUUUAA